AGUUCAUUUGACCUACUCUAUACAUUGUGGUCUCACUGAAAUUGUAUUUUCGCUAUUUUCUAAUUAUUUUUACGAUGAUCUAUUUUUUAGCCUCCCGAAAAAAGUAAACUAAACCUAGAAGAAUCAUGAAGUGCUGAAAUAAAAGUUAUUUUUGCAUAAUAAGAGUAUGAACAAUAUGGCAGAAGGUCAAUCAAAGAGUGUAUUUGAACCAUUGGUUUUCGAAGAUAACAGUUAUUCGUGCCUGCAGCCCAACGCAGAAACCAAGUGUUUGUUGUGCGAUGAUACCUUCAAUUUGAAUUUGUCUCUGCCGAUGUUCCUUGCACAUAUAUUUGAUGUUCACAGCAUCGUGAUAGAAGAUGUUCAGAACAUAUGCAAUUUAAACGAGUACGUUCUUUAUUGGAGGAAUAAGUUUAAAAUUUACCCUUUUGAAGAAAUUAUACCUUCCCUGAGUCUGGAUUUGUUAGAGCAAAAAUACUUCCUUAUGUCAAGCUUGUUAAAGGAAGACAGAGAAUUACGGCAUAAGCUGAAAUUGGAAUAUGCUUUAAAAAUUCAAGAGUUCGAGCGUAAUGACAAGAAUUUUAAAAGAGAAUGUCUCUUUUGUAGAUUAGAAUAUGAAGGAACGAGACAGGGAUAUUUGGAACAUCUUUCUAGUCAGCAUAAUUUGCACUUAGGAAAUCCACAAAAUUUGGUAUACAUUGAAGAACUGGUGGCCAAUAUCGAUAAAAAAUUGAGGGAUUUGAAGUGCUUAUACUGCGACAAAAUAUUUACAGACAGAAACGUUCUCAAAGAACACAUGAGAAAAAAGCUGCAUAAGAGAAUCAAUCCUGAAAAUGAAGAAUACGAUAAAUUCUAUAUUGUUAAUUAUUUAGAAGAAGAUAAGUCGUGGAAAACUAUACAGGAAGAGGACGAUAGAUAUGCAUUACCAAGAGGUUCCGAGGCAAAUGCAGACGAGGAAUACUCAGACUGGAACGAACAAGAAGAUCAAAUAGUGUGCUUAUUUUGUAAAGCCAAAGAAACCGAUAUCAACUUAUUAUGCUUACAUAUGGAAACGAAUCAUGGUUUUGAUUUUGCAUUAUCAACACAAUCUAUGGAUUUCUAUCAGAAAAUCAAAUUGAUCAAUUACAUUAGGAAGCAAAUACACGAAAAUAGAUGCUUGUUUUGCGACGAGGCAUUCGAUAGUCUAUCAAGUUUAGAGGAACAUUUAUCAAAAGAGAAUCACAUUAAAAUACCGGAUAUUAAGGUGUUUAACCAGCCUGAGUAUUAUUUUCCUACAUAUGAAAAUGAUGCUCUUUUAUAUUUGGUAGAUGAUCUCGAAGAUUGAUUUUUCACAUUUUUUAAUUCAAAUUCCUAAAAUUUAAGCUAAAUGAAAAUAUUCAUUUUAUUAUAUACUUGAAAAACAUUAGAAGCAAAAUCAUAAAUUAUGUUAUAUAUCACAGAGAUAGUACAAAUAAAAAAAGAGAAGCUAGAAGAAAAGAGUACAAUUAAUCAUAUCAAGUAAUAUAGAACAAUUAACAAUCGGACGCAUUAAAAUCUAAACCGCUGCUACUGGUACUACCAGCGGUGCUGUUGUCAUUGCCCAUGCUAGGCGGUGGACUUGGCUUUAUAGCACCCCCUCUCGCCAAUCUAUCUAAUUCAGCUGCGGCGUCAGUUCUCAUAGCAGCUUUAUCGGGCACGUUGUCUCCGCCUGGAGUUUUCGGCAUUCCACCACCAGGGCUUCCCGUUUUUUUAUAUAAAAGCGAAUUGAAGAAGUUCGCUAAAACGCCUUCGCCACCUGGCGAACUGACUACUUUCGAUCCGUCUAAUUUUC